GUGUGCGUGCAGCAGCCACACUUAGCCCGCCAAAAGUGUUUUGUUUGCGCUCGUUUGGAAAACUGUAACAAAAUUUGUGUAAAAUCGUGAAUAAAUCAAAGGACAGAGGCAAUCUAAUGAGUCCAGCAAAUGUAUCAAAACCAGACACUAGCAUCGAUGAGGAAGACGAGAUACUGGCACUGGAAAAACUGCUGGGCGAGGCAGAAAACGAUAUCGCAGAGUCAGCACCUGCACCUAAACCAGCACCGGUUGCUACCGCCCCACGGCUGCGGGAAGACAGCAGUUUCGCCAAUGCUUUCAGCUUCGAGAAGACGGUGAAGCCUGCCGCAAAAUCAACGGCGGAUGACAAGGCAACGCCCAAAGAGCCGGAGCUCGAUUCAUCCGAUGACGAGGAAGUCAAGAACUUCUUGGAACGGAAGUACAAUGAAUAUGGCACUGAUAUCAACAAGACACUCAAACAGCAGCGGGAAAGUGCCCACGAGUCCAAGGUGGCGCGAGAGGUGGAUCAGGACAUCAAGACAACCAAGUUUAUCAGCUCAACGCCUCAGCCGCUCAAGAAUCCACACAAUCCCAUCAAGCGGCAGGGCCCAGCGGCCAGUUCAUUUCAGAGGCCAGUGGCAGCAGCCCAGGCAAAUCCCCCCGCUUCACAGCAGCAACCAGCCUCGGCAGUCUAUACGGAUCCUGUGUUCGGUUUGCGGAUGAUCAAUCCGCUGAUCUCCAGCACAUUGCUGCAGGAGCGUAUGGGGGGACGUAAGGCUGUGCCAUUCUCGGGCGUGGCAUAUCACAUAGAACAGGGGGAUCUGGCCAAGGAUUGGGUCUUGGCUGGCGCCUUGGUCUCGAAGCAGCCAGUGAAAAACACAAAGAAAGGGGACCCGUACUCCACGUGGAAACUCUCCGAUCUGCGCGGCGAGAUCAAAACGGUUUCCAUAUUUCUCUUCAAGGAGGCCCACAAGACGCUGUGGAAAACGGCCGAGGGCAUGUGCCUGGCUGUGCUCAAUCCAACCAUAUUUGAGAGGCGGGCAGGCAGCAGCGAUGUGGCCUGCCUCUCCAUCGACUCAUCGCACAAGGUGAUGAUCCUUGGCCAGUCCAAGGAUCUGGGAACAUGCCGAGCUAACAAGAAGAAUGGCGACAAGUGCACAGCCAUUGUCAAUCUCACCGAAUGCGAUUAUUGUGUGUUCCAUGUGAAAGCUGAAUAUGGGAAGAUGUCCAGGCGCUCGGAGCUGCAAUCGGCCACCGCGGGACGUGGUCUAAACGAGCUGCGCAACAAGGUGUUGGGCAAAACGGAGGUCUUCUAUGGCGGUCAAUCUUUUACGGCCGUUCCGGCCAAGAAAAGCUCAAAGCUUAUAUCCAAGGAACGCGAUCGUCUGAGCAAGCUGGCUGGCUACGAUGUUUCGCCGUUUGCCCACACCGUGGACCAUGUCUCGAAGCCCAGGAUCGACACACCACCCAGUGUGCCAUAUGCAGAGCGAGGCGGUCCCGUAUCCCGACUGGCCGGGGGUGUUGAAGCUUCAUCAAAGCAAAGACUACAGGAUAUCGAGCGAUUGCGUCUGCUAAAAGCUGAAAACGAUCGAUUCGAGAAAGAGUCCAAUGGCAAUGUACUUGGAGGAGCCGCUCCGGGCACACCCACAACUAAAGCCACACCAACCCCUGGGACACCAACUACUCCCAGCAGCGUGCCGGAAAAAUUCAAAAAUCGCGGUUUCUCCUUCGAUGUCAGCUUGACCCCCAAACUGUCGGGCAGCGAGAAUUUCAGCCUUGAGGUCAAUAUCGGUGCUCGACAGGCGGCGAGCGCCAAACUUAGAGCAGCUGCCCUGCUGAAAAAGAAGCCGCUGGAGAAGGUGAAUCCUAACUCCACUCGCGGCUCACAAACGGGCAAGCGGCGAGCCAUCGAUGACCUUAACGAUAAGUUUUCCACCAGUGCUAAGAGGCAAAAGAUCGAAGAAGAUGAGCGCGAGCUAAUGCGCAAGUCGCGUAUCGAGCGGAUAAUGGCGGCUACGUCGUCGCACACGAAUCUGGUUGAGAUGCGGGAACGAGAGGCCCAGGAGGAGUACUUCAACAAGCUGGAGCGCAAGGAGGCCAUGGAGGAGAAAAUGCUGGGUACCUUCAAGAUGCCCUGCAAGGCGGUCAUCUGCCAGCAGUGCAAGUACACCGCCUUCUCGGCAGCCGAUCGCUGCAAGCAGGAGGGGCAUCCCCUUAAGAUAGUCGAUGCGGAGAAGCGUUUCUUCCAGUGCAAGGACUGCGGCAAUCGCACCACCACCGUCUUCAAGCUGCCCAAGCACAGCUGCAAGAGCUGCAAGGGCUCACGCUGGGAACGGGCGGCUAUGAUACGGGAGAAGAAGGUCUGCACUGGUCGGGAGUCACUCUCAGUGCGUGGCGACGAGGAGACCUUCCUGGGCAGCGUGGCCAGCAGCGCCAGUCUCAAUCUGCUGGUGCCCGCAGAGGAGUAAUAAAUAUUAUACGAUUUAGUUGUUGUAUUUGCAUGUUUUACAUAAAUAUUAGUUAAGAUUUUUAUUAUAAUUAUUUACAGUCCCACUAGUUACAAAAAUGAACGGCUUAAAUGAUUCGUAGAUAAAUAAGUACAAAUGUUCCAAUACCUAAA